AUGAAACAAAGCGAGUAUGUACCAAGAUCCGACAAGCUUGAAGCAUUUAAAUCUAAAUGGAAGAAUAGAUUCACAGUCUCUGACCUGAGCGUGUAUGGACUUUGGGCUUAUGAUGCCACCACUGCAUUUGCGUUGGCCAUCGAAGAAGCUGGGACAUCAAAUUUGAUUUUUGUCAAGACAGAUGCCACCAUGAGGAACAUGUCUGGUCUUCAAGGUCUUGGUGUAUCUCAAUACGGUCCAAAACUUCUCCAGACACUCUCUAAAGUCCGGUUCAAAGGUCUUUCUGGUGAUUUCCGAUUUAUCAUUAGAGAACUGCAGCCGUCAGUGUUUGAGAUUGUUAACGCGAAUGGUCAUGGAGGAAGGACCAUAGGAUACUGGACGAAAGAACAUGAUCUCUUGAAGAACGUAGACCAAAGACAAGCUACCACGACCACUUUCACUACUUGGAAAUAUCGACUCAGACCAAUUACAUGGCCUGGAGAGACCACCUUUGUGCCCAAAGGAUGGGAGAUUCCGACAUAUGGGAAAAGGCUGAAGAUUGGAGUCCCAACUAAUAACCAUUUCCCGCAGUUCGUGAAGGGUACAAAGGAUCCUAUCACUAACUCAACAAUAUUCAGUGGAUUCUGCAUCAACUACUUUGAGUCUGUUAUUCAAGCGAUGCCUUAUGAUGUUUCCUAUGACUUCUUUCCUGUAGAAGAUAUGGAUUACGAGACUAUGGUCUACCAAGUGUACCUUGGGUGUCACGAGCUACUGGACACAGAACCAGCGAAGGGAGGUGUUUCUGCAGUUUUCAUGGAAUUGCCAUAUGUGAGACUCUUUCUCGGACAGCACUGUAACAAGUAUAAAAUGGUUCAAACACCAUUCAAGGUCGAUGGGUUUGGCUUUGUCUUUCCCAUUGGAUCCCCUCUGGUGGCUGAUGUUUCAAGAGCCAUUCUAAAAGUGGAAGAGUCGAACAAGGCAAACCAACUGGAGAGCGCGUGGUUCAAGAAAAUAGAUGAAAGUUGCCCAGAUCCACUCACCAGCCCCGACCCAAAUCCAUCUGAAUUGUUUCCGGAAACUUGGCAUGGACAGUUUUUGGGUUUUGUUUGUCGCUGCAGCCAUAGUAUGUGUUACUGCACUGGGGAAAUGCAUGUUUCAUUUCUUGAAGGAGAACCGAGACCAAAGAAACCUGCAAGGAUUGUGGGAAAGGUUCCUUCAGCCAGACACAAAGUCAUACAUAAACCAAGUGAAGAAAUGUCAAUGCUCCAUAAAUAA